CCAGUCUCUUCCUUACCUCUUUGCAGACCUGUUGAUUUUGGUAACUAAAACGUUUCCUUGGUUAGCAACAAGAAAACAGCCCUGAUUUUGGUUACCAAAACGUUGCCUUGGUUGUCUUUAGUAGUUAGGCAACAAUGAUGAUCGACCCCCAAGACACAUUCAAAAAAAAUCCGGACGAAGAGGAUAACAAUUUAACUACAAUCUAUUAUACUACUGAUCCAUAUACUUCGAUUACCUGUUUUGAUAAUAAUUCAACGGUCAUCUAUUCACAAGUUACUGGUGCCAAUACUGGAGGUGAUACCGAGACAAAUUCUGGUGGUAUAGUUGCUGCUCCAUCCAAUUUUCAAAUACAAAAUGUCCGUGAUACGGAUAUUGCUCAUGUUAGAUGGCUUUUAGAAAACUAUGAAACUGCUGAGGGUAUUUCACUACCUCGAUCUACACUUUACUCUCAUUAUCAAACCCAUUGUUCACAACAAGGAAUUGAGCCUGUAAAUGCAGCUUCAUUUGGUAAACUUAUUCGAUCGGUUUUUGUUGGUUUAAGGACUAGACGUUUAGGUACAAGAGGAAACUCAAAGUAUCAUUAUUAUGGUAUCAGAGUUAAACCAGGAUCUCCAUUGGCGCGUAUCACCGAUAGUAGUUCAGUGAGCAGUCCAGAUUCUGGUCAACCAUCUGCUAAACGUCAUAAAACAGUUCAUUCUGAUGGAGGUAACAGUAGUAGCGGGGGUGGUGGUGGAGGUAAUGGUAAUGGUGGUAGUGGUGGUGGAACAGAGUCAAUCAAGGAUAACAAUGUUGUGACAACAAAUGAAAAUCACCAGGCAACCUUAACAGCAACAUCCCCAGAAUUGUUACAAAGUUACCUAGGAGAUCCUAAGUCAAUCUUAGCCAAUGUUUGGCCGGAAGAGCCUGUUCCUUGUAAUGAUGCAGAAACACCAAGUGCUCUAGCAACCCGAUUUGCUGCUGCUUACAGGAAACACUAUGAACAAGUGAUCAAUGCGAUUGGAAAUUUAAACUUCACUCUUAUCGAGGGAUUAUGGAAAUCAUUCUGGCAGGCUGAUGGAUCAUCAUCAAAGGGAGCAGGUAGUAACAGUGAAAAUGAGAGCAACAAUAGUACCACAAUCAACACCAACAACAAGAACAAUAAGACGCCUGGAUUAACAUUGGAACAAUUACAUCAGCUUACAUCUAGUCCCGGUAUCGAAGCUGAAAAUGACCAAGAACCUCUUGCCUCUCUCAGCGAAUGGAUAUUGCAAACAGACUAUACACUGUACAAUUCACUUAUUUCAGCAUUAUUACUUCCCAAUCUAUUGAAACCUAUUCCUCAACAAUUGACCCAACAGAUUCGCAACUUUGCCAAAAAUAUACACAAUUGGAUGGGCACAGCGCUUGUCGGUUAUGAUGGUUCAUUUGUCACCUCGAAAUUAGCCGCUGUCGGAGCUUUCAGCCAUACUUUACGUCGAUAUACCUCAUUGAAUCAUCUCUCCUCUGCAGCCCAAGCAGUUUUACAAAACCAACAACAAAUACAACAAAUGAUCAGUGACCUGAACCGUGUUGACUUUAAAAAUGUCCAAGAACAGGCAUCGUGGGUCUGUCAAUGUGAUGAUUCAAUUGUUGACCAGAUAGAACAAAGUUUUAAAAUUCUUUUACAAGAACCAAACCCAUUUGACCGAUGGGGAUUAUGGUGCGAACAAGUUUUAGAUACAUGCCUUCGAGAUAAUGAUGUUCGUUCUGCGACUCAAUUCUUUUUUAAAUGGGGAUUUUACAGCUCCCUGGUUAUGAGAGAUCUUACUCUUCGUUCUGCCUCCUCAUUUGGAUCAUUCCAUUUGAUUCGAUUGCUUUUUGACGAAUAUAUAUUUUAUUUGAUCGAACACAGAGUUGCUCAAGCUACAGGUAAAACACCACUUCAAGUGUUGGGUGAAGUUCGGAUGACAAUGGUUAAAUCAAAGGACAACAAUACCACCAACACAACAACUUCAACCAACACUAAUACUAAUAAUAGUAACAGUACCAACACAAAUCAACACUCGAGUUGAUUGAUAAGCUGACACACUUUCCUCGUAAAUUAAACACCGACAACAACAAAAAAA